AUGAACCGUCUUACCAUCCUUGUGCUGUUAUGUCUGUCAGUCUGCUAGGCUUAUCCCCUGAAUGGAGCAGCGAAGACGGAGGAGGAGGAGGGCCCCAACAUGGAUCUCGUCCAGCACUACCUAGAAGACUACUACAACCUUGCAAAAGAUGUAAAACAGUUUGCUAGAAGGAAGGACAGUAGCCCUGUUGUUAAAAAAAUCCAAGAAAUGCAGAAGUUCCUGGGGCUGACAGUGACAGGGAAGCUGGACUCAGACACGCUGGAGGUGAUGCGCAAGCCCAGGUGCGGAGUCCCUGACAUCGGAGAAUUCAGGACCUUUCCCGGCAUGCCAAAGUGGAGGAAGACUCGCCUCACCUACAGGAUUGUGAAUUACACACUGGAUUUGCCAAGAGAUGCUGUUGAUUCUGCCAUUGAGAAAGCUCUGAAAGUCUGGGAGGAAGUGACUCCACUGACAUUCUCCGGGAUCUGUGAAGGAGAGGCUGACAUAAGGAUCACAUUUGCAGUUAGAAAACAGAGAGACUUUUACUCUUUUGAUGGACCUGGAAAGGUUUUGGCUCAUGCCUAUCCACCCGGGCCGGGGAUUAAGGGAGAUGCUCACUUUGAUUAUGACAAACAAUGGACAAAGGAUGCAUCAGAUAACUGGUAUUUUAGACGCAGAUACCCCUGGAACCUCCAACGUGAAUUUCAUUUGAUUUCUGCACUUUGGCCCUCUCUUCCAUCAGACUUGGAUGCUGUAUAUGAAGUUCCUAGCAAAGAUACCAUUUUUAUUUUUAAAGGAAAGCAGUUCUGGGCCAUCAGAGGAAAUGAGGGGCAAGCAGGUUAUCCAAGAGGCAUCCACACCCUGGGUUUUUCUCCAACCAUAAGGAAAAUAGAUGCAGCUGUUUGUGAUAAGGAAAAGAAAACAUACUUCUUUGCAAAGGACAAAUACUGGAGAUUUGACGAAAACAGCCAAUCCAUGGAGCAAGGCUUCCCCAGACUGUUAGCAGAUGAUUUUCCAGGAGAUGAGCCGAAGGUUGAUGCUAUAUUAGAGGCAUUUGUACUUUUCUAUUUCCUCAGUGGAUCAGCAAAGUUUGAGUUUGACCCCAAUGUCAGGAUGGUGACACGCAUAUUGAAGAGUAACAACUGGUUAUGUUAG